AAGAAUGAAAGAAAAAACACAGCUUGAAAAAAAAGUAAGAACUCUGUUUUGUCUAAUAUUGUCAUUCACUUCACCAUUGGAUCUUGAAAUUGAGCAAAAUGGGAGUUCAAGAGAGAGACCCUCUGGCACAGUUGAGUUUGCCUCCUGGGUUUAGGUUUUACCCCACUGAUGAAGAGCUUCUGGUUCAAUACCUUUGUCGAAAGGUUGCUGGGCACCAUUUUUCUCUUCCAAUCAUUGCUGAAGUUGAUUUGUACAAGUUUGAUCCAUGGGUUCUUCCAGCUAAGGCUGUGUUUGGAGAAAAAGAAUGGUAUUUCUUUAGUCCGAGGGAUAGGAAGUAUCCGAAUGGUUCACGGCCAAACAGAGUUGCGGGUUCUGGAUAUUGGAAAGCCACGGGAACUGAUAAGAUUAUCACCACCGAAGGGAGAAAAGUUGGCAUAAAAAAAGCACUUGUUUUCUACGUUGGAAAAGCUCCCAAAGGCUCCAAAACCAAUUGGAUCAUGCACGAGUAUCGUGUUCUUGACUCUUCGCGCAAAAACAACCUCGGAACCACCAAGCUUGAUGAUUGGGUUUUGUGUCGUAUAUACAAAAAGAACUCGAGUUCGCAAAAGGUUGAGACCAACCUUUGGGGCAAAGAAUGCAGCAAUGGGUCAUCACCUUCUUCAUCUUCCCACGUGGAAGACAUGGUCGAAUCGUUUUUGGAGAUCGAUGAUAAGUGCUUCAAUUUUCCGGGUGUGAACUCGCUCAAAACAAUGCAACAACAGGACGAGAAAUUCGGGUUUCAAAACAUAAGAUCCGGAUUUUUUUCUGAUUGGGUCACCCCACCGGAUCUUGAUUCAAUUUCCGAAUUCGGGUCAGGUUGCAGAACCCAAGAGAUGGUGAAUUAUGAUUUCAAUGACUUAUUUGUCCCUUCUGUGCCGCCAUUCGGCCACGUGGAGUUCAUGUCAGGGGCACCCACGGAGGAGGAAGUUCAAAGCUGUGUGAGAACCCAACGGGCUGACGGAGCGGGAUAUUUUCAGCAGAACCCGAAUGCCCGAAAUUUGUCCGGUUCCAACGAAACGUUUGGGUUGGGGUUCACGGAUCAGCAAAUCAGGUUCGGGUUACGGAACUAGAGGAUCCUAAUGGGUAACAGUGUAAAUAAUGUGGUAGGGGAUAAUUUAUAUUUAAAUGGUUAUGGUUUGUGAUAUUGAUUCCCAAAAGUAGAAAGGGAAACCAGCAGUUUUGGUCAUGCUUUUCUGCUAGACAAAUGGAGGUUGGUUGAUACAUUCA